AAGCAAAUAAAAUGGACAUAUGCUGCAAUGGUCUGAAAUUUGCUCUCUCUAUUUUCAAAAUAUUGUGUGAAUGUGACAAUUUCAUUUCACUCAGCAGCAGCAGCAGCAGCGAUGGCAGCGGACAGUGAGUGAGAGAGACUCGUGCCACAGCACUUUGUGAGCUGCAAACCUUUUCGCUGGGGCCGAAAGAAGACACAUAACUAACAUGUCUCGGCACAGAAACGUCCGAGGUUACAACUACGACGAAGACUUCGAAGAUGAUGAUAUGUAUGGACAGUCUGUGGAGGAUGACUACUGCUGUAUAUCACCAGCAACUGCAAAUCAAUUCAUAUACUCCAGACAGGAGAGGCAAGCGCCGAAAGAAGAACCUUUAGAAGAGGAAGACUAUGAAGAGGAAGAUGUGCCUAUGUCCCCUUCUAUCAGCCACAACCUUGACCCUCUUGAUCAAGCCAAGCUGUAUUCCUGUCUGGACCAUAUGAGGACAGUGCUGGGAGAUGCAAUACCAGAGUCUGUUCUGAACCAGGCUGCCAUAAGAUGUGGAUUUGACCCACAGAAAGCACUGGAUGCAGUCCUGUCUGAAGACCCUAAAACAGCCCCAGUUACUAAAAAUACUAACGUGGAGACUGCUUCAAUGGCAAGAUUUAGCCAGGACAAAGCACCCCUUCCACAGAGAACUAAACAAGAGGCCGUGGCUGAGAAAGCUAAAGGUAGAGACGCCUCGAACAACACACUGGACCCUGAGGUGGUGCCCAAAGUGGCGCGCAUGACGGUCUCUGGCAAGAAGCAGACCAUGGGCUUCAAUGUUCCCAGCACAGCGGAGAACGGUGCCGUCCCUGCUCCAGCACGCCGAGGCGGCAGCCCUGAAAAUGCCACCGUCGCUCCUGCCACAGAGUCCAAGCGUCCCGAAACCCCAUCCAAGGGGUCCAACGGUGAAGAAUCAGCAAGCGCUCCCACCCCAGGCCGCUCUGGAAAGGCCCGGCAGACGAUCAACAUCAAGGCUGAGCUGGAGAAGAGGCAGGGGGGCAAAACUCUGUUAAAUUUAGUGGUUAUAGGUCAUGUGGAUGCAGGUAAAAGCACACUGAUGGGCCACUUGCUUUAUCUGCUGGGCAAUGUCAACAAACGCACCAUGCACAAGUACGAGCAGGAGUCGAAAAAGGCCGGAAAGGCGUCGUUCGCCUACGCGUGGGUUCUGGAUGAGACGGGAGAGGAGCGAGACAGGGGUGUGACAAUGGAUGUGGGCAUGACCAAAUUUGAAACAAGCUCAAAAGUGGUGACGCUGAUGGAUGCGCCCGGACACAAAGACUUCAUCCCCAACAUGAUAACGGGAGCCGCUCAGGCCGACGUGGCCGUGCUCGUGGUGGACGCCAGCAGGGGAGAGUUCGAGGCGGGCUUUGAAGCGGGUGGUCAGACCAGAGAGCACGCCCUGCUGGUGCGUUCGCUGGGCGUCACGCAGCUGGCCGUGGCCGUCAACAAGAUGGAUCAGGUAAACUGGCAACAAGAACGUUUCCAAGAAAUCAUAUCCAAACUUGGCCAUUUUCUGAAGCAGGCGGGAUUCAAGGAAUCGGAUGUUUUUUACAUCCCCACCAGCGGCCUGUCAGGGGAGAACCUCGCCACCAGAAGUUCCGUAGCCCAGCUCACCUCUUGGUUCUCUGGGCCCAGCCUGCUGGAGCAGAUUGAUUCCUUCAAAGCCCCACAGAGGUCUGUAGACCAGCCUUUCAGAAUGUGUGUCUCAGAUGUCUUCAAAGACCAGGGUUCAGGCUUCUGUGUUACUGGGAAGAUUGAGGCAGGUUACAUCCAGACCGGUGACAGGAUUCUGGCCAUGCCUCCCAAUGAGACCUGCACCGUCAAAGGAAUUACGCUGCACGACGAGGCUCUUGACUGGGCUGCAGCAGGAGACCACAUCACCCUGACGGUCACUGGCAUGGACAUUAUCAAGAUCAAUGUCGGCUGUGUGUUUUGUGAUCCAAAGGAGCCCAUUCGAGCCUGUACGCGAUUCAGAGCCCGAAUCCUCCUCUUCAACAUUGAUGUUCCCAUUACACAGGGCUUCCCUGUACUGUUACAUUACCAGACAGUGAGUGAGCCGGCCACCAUUAGGAAGCUGAUUAGUGUGCUACACAAGAGCAGCGGUGAAGUCCUCAAGAAGAAACCAAAAUGUUUAAGUAAGGGUAUGAAUGCCGUAGUGGAGAUCCAGACCCAAAGGCCGGUGUCAUUAGAACUGUACAAAGACUACAAGGAGCUGGGCCGCUUCAUGCUGAGAUACGUUGGCUCCACCAUUGCUGCAGGGGUUGUCACCGAGAUCAAUAAAUGAAGACCGAUACACACAGCUGAUCACUGCAUGCAGCCAGAGACCAAGUGCAAUUUCUCUAGGAGAUGUCACUCAUGGACACAGAGUAUCGCAUCCAUCCAUCCAUCCUUCUCCAUCCAGCGCAGUAGCUGCUUCACCCGGCUGCUCUGAGCGGCACUAACCUACGCAGAUGACGACCAUGCGGGGAGAUCCUGCAAAACGGGCCGCCAGCGCACACAGCUCCGACAUAGUGAUGCGGUGGAGCUGAGCACCCAGCCGCCCUAUCGUCUUAUCUCUCUCUCUGAUCAACACACUGCUAUAAUCAGACUACUGAGAACUGUACUCUAAAAUGAGGACCGAUGACUGGACAUGAAUUUGGAUAUAACAGACCUUGCCAUUUUUGGUAGAAGGAUGACUUGCAGCUAUAUUUAAGUAUCCAUAAAAGAACAAAAGAAAUUGCUGACCUUAAGUAACUGAUUUUAAAUGUAGAUGAAAGAUUGUGAUGCCAUACGAUGUGGGAGUUGAAGGCAAAACAGUCCUAAUUUGUACCAUAAAUAUAUUUGCAUCUCAGAUUUCAUAGCAAAGUGGUCGAAGGACAACAAGAAGUAACAAAAAAGGGAAACUAAGAUUUUGACUUGCAUUUGGAGAAAGAGAGAGACAAUUGAUGAAUGAAUGAAUUAAUAUUUACAGGUGGACUAGGACUAACAACUCUGCUCAGACUCAGUCGAGUGGAGGUGGAGAGUUGAUGCUGCAUUUCUGUGUCUUCAUGUGUUUGAUCUGGCAUGUUGGUGGAGAUGGCGUUGAAUGAACAUGACGUCUGUAGCCCGUGUUUCUGUGGAGUCUUAUUUGUUUCAAUCUCUUUCAAGAGACUUUCUCUCAAACAGGAUCCAAAUUCUUAAAAAUCCUUCCAGGUUCAUGGCGUGUCAGCACAUGAGCAUCUGGCGCCGAAGCGAAACCCGAAUUCUGGAAAAUGCGGCUUGCAUCAGUCUUUCGAAAUACGCCUGUCAAUGUUGGUAGGAAGCGAAAAGGGAGAGGCGAUCCUUUCUCAUCAUGUUUGACAGUGAGAGUGGAAAGCACCAAAGAAAACACAUGUCACUGAGACUGUCCCUAGUGGGCGAUGAAGAGGCUUUCACGCUGGUCACAGAAGAACCAAUUUGGACUCUGUGGUGAUACAUACAUGUUUGUUUUUAUGCUAUAAUAAGUCUUCCUCUAGGCCUCCUCUGGUUUUGUUUUAAGACAAGGAGCAGCGGUAGCAGCAGGUUUUGUACUUUGUGGUGGGACCAAAGUCUCACAUGACAGUAUUUCUGUUGUUGAUUAUUAGUCUGGGGGCGUAUUGCAUUCAUUAACUAGUACAAUGAGGACAUAGUCCUGAAUGUGUUCCCAAACCUGCCACAUGGGGGCAGUACUCAGCUCACUCAGUUCAAUCUGUAUAAAUUCUGAUGGUGUUUACUGUAAUUGACACAUGUAAUCAAAAAUACAAGUAAAAGUAUCAUAUUGUUACUUAGACCAGA